UAAUGUUUACAACUUUAAAUACCGCGGAAAGAUAAAUAAAAAUUUAUUCAUUUUUGACAAGAUCGAAGGAAGUGAAAAGCCAAGACAUCUACAGACUGAUGAAUUGGAGGCACUUCGUAAAUCGAAUCACUAUAUUGAGAAGCUUGACCAGAGCCUGCACUUUUACCCAGAGUCGCCAGUUGCAGCACAAACAGUGUCAUAUGAACAAAAACCUGAAGAAAACAAUUUCAUACACGUGUGCCCGCCCUUUUUCGAUGAAGCCCUUGGUAUUGACCGAACUUGUUCUCUGAAGAAUUUCACAGGAAAAGGUGUAGUUUUCGGAGUAGCAGAUGUCGGAAUUGAUACAGAGAACAUUCACUUGAAACAAAACAUCAAUCAUAAUUUGUCUUACAACUUUGCUGAUGAUCAGCCUGAAACAAAUCCAACUCAUAGUUGGGAAAUUAUUGAAAGUAAAAGACUGACAAGCCAUGGAAACGGGUGUGCGGGGCUUAUCGCUGGUGCGAGAACUACACAACGAUGUGAUGCCUGUGGUGUUGGUGUCUCAUACAAUUCCAAAGUGGCAGAUUUGCAGAUUGCAAAGAUUGACAAAAGGUUCUGGAAAUACCCAAAGUUUGAUACCGCACUUUACGCAGCUGCCCUUGCCUACAAGCCUGAUGAAAUUCAUAUUUAUUCCAAUAGUUGGGGAGUGAAGAAGCCUUUUCACACUCCAAUGUUUUGGGAGGACGAUGUUUUAACUGAAGGAAUGCUCAAAGGAAGACACGGAUUGGGAUCAGUGUACGUUUUCCCGGCUGUUUCUCCCGGAGCAGCCUUUUCGAACCACAUCGCAACAGUGACUGUGGCAUGCUUAGGACUCGACAGUGCUGUUCAUGAAGUCAGUGAGGUCAAUUCAGCAGCCCUUGUGUCUGUCUUUUGCAAUGGACGUUCUCGUUCUGAGUCAAGAAUGGUAACAGUUGGACAUAGCAGUGAUUCCUGUCUUACGGAAUUUGGCGGCGAAUCAGCUGGUGUUGCAAUAGUUUCAGGAAUGAUUGGGCUUUUAUUGGAAUCAAAUCCUAUGUUGUCGAGUAGAGAUGUCAAGCACAUACUUGUUAUGUCUUCACGACACACGGGGCUUGAAGCAUCGCCCGAAUUCGUUCAGAAUGCGGCUGGAUACAUGUACCAUCCGAAGUUAGGAUUUGGUUAUCCAAAUGCAAUGAUGAUGGUGUCGAUCGGGUCAAACUAUAAUUCGUUGCCGCCCCUGUGCAAAAUGACCCUAGAGAUAGCAAGAAGUGAUUUACAAAUUAGAUCGGCAGAUAUGUACGAGCAAAUGUCAUAUGUUGAUACCUUUUGCGACAGAACAACAUGUAUUGAGAAAAUGGAAGAGGUAGUUUUUGAAGUGAACUUUACCUACUCAGAGCAACAUUCCAUGAAGUUAUCGGUGGUCUCGCCAAAUGGUACCAUUUCCACUUUGGCCGAGACUAAAUCGGUACUAAACCCAGAAAGCAGCCGGCAGCGAGUUCAAGCAAACUUUCGAAUCAAUCACUUUUGGGGUGAAAAUAGUGCUGUGCGUUGGCGUAUAUAUAUUUCUUGCAUCAUUUCAAAGAAUAAUGAAUAUGCAUAUUAUGAUUGUCACAUUGCUAAAGGGAAAUUAAUCGUGUAUGGUGUCAUGCAGAAAAGACAAUUUGGACACCGGUGUCAAAAGGAUCCGAGCCUUGUGCAAGCUGUGGUGAAUAAAACUUUAAAUACGACUAUAGUAAACAAUUUUGUGAUAACUCCAACAACGUUUCAUGAGAAGACAAUGAACAAUAUGGGAGUACGUAUUAACGUUACAAUGUUUUGUGUUGUGGUUGUCGUUUUUACUCAUGUAUACAAUUUUAAAAUGUUGUGAAAAAGCUAUUGGAGGUUACAAUUAAAAGCCGUUACAUUUACAAGGCGAGUAGCGUUUUGCAGACUCUCAAAUAUUGCCACAGACACGAACGUUACAAUUUUACAAUAUGAAAAAUUGUGAUUGCAAGUACAUUUUCGUGUUUCAAUUAUUUUUUUAAAUAUAUAUUCUUUGAUAGUCUUUAACUUGAGGUGGGGGCAUUGACUAACAACGUGUGUGAUGUGUUUAACUUUUAGCUAGUAGUAACACACAUUGGGAAAUUUUGAAAUGGUUAGAAAUGUUAAUUGAGAUCAACACUUAGUUUGUUCCAGUAUUGUAACCUCAAACCUAUCAAAGUGUUCAAUAUAAUAUGAGUCGCAUAGCGCGAGGUUUGGCCUUCGGACACAAGAAUUACAAUUGAAAUUAACAUAAGAUAAUUAUAAAGUACUAAAAAUCAUUAAUUUUAGCUGUGUUUUAAUUUAUUCCAUAACUUAACUCAUGUUUCUAUAGCAACCAUGGAUUUCCUCCCAAGUUGUUCGGGCUGCACUCAAAAAGUACAAACAUGAAUAUAUAACUUUUCUUUAUAAUGUUGCGUAAAUAUUUGUAUCAGGAUAACAAAAAAUGAUAUGUUCGUAAAUAAUGUUUUUCGUUUCAAUUAUGUAUUAUGGUGAUGACGUUAUGUGCGUGUCUUAAAAUUUAGUAUUCAAAAUGUGCAAUGCAUGGUCUCAUUGAAAACACUUAUUUUACUGAAUUUUAGAAAUAUCAUCAUGAACUUUUCAGUUUUAAUUCCUGAUAUGUGAUUUUCUUUUUUAACCCAAACAACAAUAAAAGGAAAUGUAUUUCCGAAGGUCCAUAAGCGAUGGGGCUCCUAUCAUGAUUAUUUAAGACGAUAUUAUAAAAUAUUGUGCAAUCAUAUGUUUAGUUUCAAGUGUAUAAACUCUUAUUUUAUGGUGCAAAACUGCCAAGGAAUUGCCAGAAAUGUUCAAACAAUGUCAGAUUGUAAUCUGAUAGUACGCUUGCCGUUUUUUUCGAAGAACCCAUGCCGAAAUAUUGUCAUAUACUAAGUGCCGUCGUCCGCUGUGGUCUCAUCGUACACAACUUAGUAUUUGGGCGCCACUUGUUCACGACAACCAGUUUAUACACAUGUGAACAGUGAUACCACAUUGUUAAUGUGUUUCAGUAUGGCAAUGUCCAUUGUUCUGGUCUCAAUAUCUUUUGAAUUUUGCCUCUUGAUAGUUGUACAAAACGUUUACCUUAGAAUAAAUUAACUUAGUAUCUAUGUUUCAAGUGGUGUCAUGCAUAUUUGUAACAGGGUCCCAUAUAUCAAACGAGAGUCAAACGUACAUUGAAGCAAUUUCCUUUUCUUUGGCUGAAAUAAUGUAAAAUUAUGCCGUUUAUUGACAAAAGCUGAUGAGCGUCGGCGUCCGUUACGGAGCUCUUCUUAUAUAUUCGAAUAAUGAUAUGAUAUUUCUGAAUGAUAUUUGCGAAUUUUCUAUAUAAGUCUAUAAGAAGUUGUGAACGAGCAUAUUAAUAAAUCCUAAUAUCACAUUGAUUUGUACCUACCUCGAUUUUACAUUGUGCAUUUAAAAUGUGACAACCAUAAAUGUAGUGUAUUUGACCUUCUAUAAACGCAUUGGUGGUGCUCUAUGUUAAGGUUCCAGUUUCCAUUAAUUGUACUUAAUGUACAUGUAAUGUACGAUUUAUGUCAACCAAAUGACAACGUAUAAUUAUUGUGAUGCACAAACUGUAUAUUCCUUAACAUGUCUUAUGUCUAACAAACAAACACGUUCUGUCGAAUACUAGUGCGUAACAACACAACUAUUUCGCUCGGGAUAAUUUAAAUGUCUGCUAUUUUGUCCCUCUAGUUUCCCUGAAAGAAUUAUUGCAUUAAAUAAAUAAGAUCAGAUAUGUAAAUAUAUAUUGAAUAUACAUGUAAAUUGAUUUGAUAAUUUGCAAACUCUAGUCGAUGUACCUAACAUGGUGAUCUUCGUCUUUACAGAAAACAUUCUUAAUUGUCCUUGUUGUUACGUCCGUUUAUAUCAGAGUGAAUGUUUUGUUUCAUUGUAUGCCAGAUUAACCUGAACACGUGUCAAGUGAGUUUGACUGAAUUUGAAUGCUAUUUGUUUAAUUAAGUUUUGUUCAGAUGUUGAAUUAUAUUGUAGAUUUUGUUUAUUUGCAUGUUUUUAUUCUUCGA